GCCAGGUGCCCAACCUCUCCUCCCCCUCCUUCCCCUCCUCAUCUUCCUCCUCCAUCGCCAGAGCAGACAACCAACAGGUUCUGCCAAAAUGACGCUCACCACCUACGCCUCCCCCCCGGACCCCUCCGACAUUGCCACACUCAACCUCUCUCGCCUGUUCGCCCGUCUAGAGCAUAACCUCCUCUCCUCGGCGGCGGACCUCAAACCACUACGACACUCGGAACACCAGCGCAUGAGAGUGGGAGCGAACAUAGAAUACGCCCGCACCAACCUCCAAAUCCUCGAACGCUCCCUCCCUCAAAUCAAACCCCUCGAUCGUCGCAACGACCUCCAGACCGACCUCGCACAGAAACGUCAGAUCCUGAAACGUCUCCAGACUGUCCUCGACGAACUCGCCGCCGAGGCAGCAGCAAGGCCCACCCGACGGGCAGAUGGCAUCGACAAUGACGACGAUACGGAGGAAGAAGGAGAUUCGCUGAUUGAUGAAGACCUCCUCGGAACACCCGAGGAAGGCAGCACGACUGAUGGACUAGAGGAGACGGAAGAGACCGAGGACCAGGGCCUUAACCCGGAGGACGAGGAAGAAAGAGCCAUAUCCGCAACGGCCACAUUACCCUCACUUGCGUCACCAACAAUCACAACCACAACCACAGAAGUACCGCCAUCACCUCCGGUAGCAACUGCCACCCCUACACCGCCACCGCCAUCCUCCACACUCCGAAACAGAUCCAAUGUUCCCACCACCUCGCCCUUAGCAACAGCCACCGCCACCGGCGCUUCCGUGCACGACGCCCCCUCCUCCCCACAACAUCCAUCAUCGCCCUCCCCGACGACUGAAGACGCGCUCUCUUCGGACCGUGCCGAACAGGAAGACCUCACGUCAUCUCUGCUUGCGCUGGCGACGCAGCUGAAGUCGUCCUCGCAGGCGUUCCACUCCUCCCUGGAAUCGGAGAAGUCGAUUCUAUCCCGUGCGGCUGAUGGGCUGGACCGAACAACGGGCAAUAUGCAGGCUGCGGAGCGGCGCAUGGGGAUGCUGCGGCGCAUGACGGAGGGGAAGGGCUGGUGGGGCCGGAUGAUGUUGUACGCCUGGAUCUUCGGACUGUGGAUCGUGGCGAUCCUCAUCGUCUUCCUCGGGCCAAAAUUGAGGUUCUGA